AUGGCAUACUUAAAAUCAAGAUAUAAAAACACGCCGGUAGGGUCUGGCACCAACACACCCACUAUGGAAAAAACGGAUUCUGUUUUGAACUUGACGCAGCCAUCUUUGUAUGGUAUUUUCAACACGUCAUCAACGAGCUUGAACAAGGAGAACGAAGAAGUAGAGGAGUACAUUGAUGGGACAGAAUUGAGGAUCAACGCCAAGGAAUUGCACAAGGGUUCUGUCAAACAACCAGUGGUGACCACGCCGCGCACCAAGUCGUCGCCAUUGCAAUCGGCCGUGCUCUUGAUUGGUCGUUUGGUGGCUGUUGGAGCUGCUGCGUUCGUAUACAACGAAGUUACCAAGCACAUCCAUGCUAUCCACUCAGAUGGUCAUGGCGCACGGAUCAAUGCGUACUUAAUGCAAUUCAUUGAUGGCUGGAAGCCAUUCCAGCGGGUUUCUGCUGGGUAUGAGUCUGCUGACAAGAUCCUGGCCUUGGUACUGGAAGGCUUGCUUUUGAGCAUGAUUCUCCCCGUUUUGGACAACAUUAUGCCUUCUGCAUGGACCAAGAGACUUUUGUCGUCGAGCCCCAACCCGUACCACCGUUCUAACUUGGCAAAUGACGUUGUGAGAUCUACGAUUGCCUUCUUGGGCAUUUCCUACGCCAUCAGACACAUUGAGUGGAAGUCGUCGCUCCAGAUGGCCAUGGCAUGGUCGCUUAUAAAUCCUGCGUUGUGGUUGUUGAUGGAUGGCACAGUCAAUGGGUUUGUUGCUUCCGCUGGAGCAGCAUUUGUGGGGACUGGAUUGGUUUACUUGAGUAAUGGCUCCAAGUUUGAAGACCAUGACACUAUGCUCUCGAUCUUUUUGUUUGUUGCGAGCUUCUUCUUUUGUGGCGUGACGAUUUUUGGCAAGUUGGGCCGUAUUUUGUUUGGAAAGAAGGCAUGA